CAGUCGUCGCGAGACGCAGACAGAGAGCGCGAGCGAGUGGCUGAGGCGAUUCGGAAUAAAUCUUUGCGAUUAAAACCUUCUUCUUCUCCUCCUCCUUGAAGAAUUCGGCGGCAGGGGAGAGGGUAGCUAGUGACGCUGGAGUUUAAAAAUCAGGAAUUCUCCUUCAUGUGGUGUAAUGGUGCUCUGUCAGUAGACAGCUGAAGUUGCUUGCCGAGUGGAAGAAGACUAUCUUAUGAGAUUCUUGCCAUGUGUGUACAAAGAAAAUGGGUGUUAAUGCUUCUACCUACCCGUACCCAUCAUGUCCGACAGCUGGGUUGAAAACACAAUCUUCCAGUGCAGUUGGUGAAUCUCCUUCGCAUCCUCAGUUUGGAUGUCAGCCAGAGGGGAAGUUCUGCAUCUCUGGAUUCAGCCAGGAUAAACGUGAGAAGAAGCGGAGCUCUAACCUUGCCUUGCUGAAGAAGAAGCUCUUUAGGCGGCGGAAGUCAGCCAAGGCGGCUGACCAUGCGAAACACAUACGCGAGCUCCUGUGCAGUUGGGACGUGCGUGAUGUAGGUCUGUUGGUGAAGCAAUAUGAAGCCGCACUAGCUGUGAAGGAACUGGUGAUUCAGGCGUGUGUGGCCAGGCCAGAGGCCAGCCGGUUAAAUGAAGACCUGGCCAAGCUGUAUCAGUUUAAGUACUGUACAGAUGUGGACCUGGUAUUCCAAGGUACGUGCUUUCCUGUACACCGUGCUAUAUUGGCAGCCCGGUGUCCUUUCUUCAAAACUCUCCUCUUAUCCAACCUGGACCGUGCUGAGCUAGUCAUGGACAUCAGCACUGUUGGAAUAGACAUGCAAAUACUGUCAUCUCUUUUACACUACUUGUAUAGUGGAGAAUUUGGCAUGCAAGAUUCCCAAAUUAAGAACGUUGAUGUUUUGGUCCGUCUCAGCGAAGAGUUCGGGAUGCCCAAUGCACUUCACUUCGAUAUCUACAGUCUCCUGGAGAGCUCCUGCUAUUAUGAUGCAGUCCUAAGUUUUACCUCUAACCCCGAUGCGUCUGACAACUUUGAAGGAUGCUGCUUAGAGGGAGAGUUCCGCUGUCACAAGGCCAUCUUGUGUGCUCGUUCUCCAUUCUUCCGCAAUCUCCUCCAGAAGCGCAUUCGCACCGGUGAAGAAACCACAGACCGGACCUUGCAGACUCCAGCCAGGAUUGUGCUGAACGAAGCAAUCAUUCCAAAGAAAUAUGCAAAAGUUAUUUUGCAUUGCAUGUACACGGACCUGGUCGAUCUAGACUUGGUUCUGCCUUUCAGCCCAUCAACUGGCAGCUUAAGAGAAGUGCAGGAUGAAUCUGGGAAGGACAGUGAGACCCGACUGGAAAGCGCUAUGGAGCUGUUCCAUAUAGCUCUCUUCAUUGAGUUUGAUAUGCUGGCACAAGGCUGUGAGGACCUGAUUGUCGAGAGUGUCACUCUGGACUCUUUAGUUGCUAUUCUGAAGUGGAGCUCUCAACCAUAUGGAUCCAAGUGGGUCCAUCGGCAAAUGCUGCAUUUCCUCUGUGAGGAGUUCAGUAACGUCAUCACUUCUGACAUUCUCUAUGAGCUGAGCAAGGAGCACCUGAUGGCUGCCAUCCAGUCAGAUUACCUACAGGCAAGUGAACACGAUAUUCUGAAGGCUGUGAUUAAAUGGGCAGAAAACCAGCUGGCAAGGCGUCUGUCGGAUGAAGAGCCCAAUUUACUGAAUGGGACAGCACACAGUGUCAACAAACGUGGAGUGAAGAAGCGGGACUUGGACUCAGCCCAACUCCGUGAAAUAGUUUCCGAUCUAGUACCUCAUGUUCGCAUUGCUCAUAUCCUUCCAGCAAAGAGUGAGGUCCUGGCUGAUGCUAUGAAGAGAGCGUUGAUCAGCUCGCCCCCAUUGGACAUGCUGCCUCCCCCAGAGGGCAGGAAAUCCAGGGCAUGGUUUUGCUUCAAGGCCUCAGGCAUCGGUGCCAAGCCCCGAUUGUUUACUCCAUAUAUUGAGGAAGCCAAGGUCGUUUUGGAAGAACUAAUGUCAGAGCAGACGAGUUUGGAAAAGGUACGAAUGAGUCGGAUUUCCAGUGUUCCGGAUACCCUUUACAUGGUGGACUCUAGUGUGGCAGAUUUUUCACGCCUGAAUGCCGGAUCCCCCCACAGCUGUGAUGAAAGUGUUUCUGCAACUCUUCAUGAAGAAGUACCUGUGCCUCCAAUCGAUGUAGCUAAGACCAUGUUUAAGCGGCUGAAGGAGAUCUGGCAAGGUGACCAGGUGCAGAGAGCUUAUGCUUUAAACAUCGGUGCUGGGGCUGCUGUCACCCGGGCAGUGUACUUGCGCGUGGUCCGAGAAUUUGGCCUUCCUGAUGCAGCAACUGAAUUAUUAAAGUAUCCCGCGGUAUAUUUUCCUAACGAACACCUUGGCAUUGAUAGCCCGACCUUCCCAAAACGCCAGCCAAACUCUCGACGGACCACUCCAGUCAAAGAAACCAACAUCCUGACCCUGGACCCCUUCAGGAAUUUCAGCCCGCCUCUCCCACCACCACCUCCUCCUUACCAUCUCCCUCCAACGCCUAGAAGAGACCGCGCACAGCCCAGUGAAAAGAAAGAAGACAGCCAGCCUACCUCAUACUGUGCUUUACGUACUAACCAACAGCAACAUUCUGGCUCUCGAACUUCAGAACAGGCGGUCCAGGCCUCUAUCAGGGCUAUAAACUGCGAGGAGCCCACUGACAACCAUUUGACCCAUGAGGAGCAGGUCUCUAGUUCCAAAAGUUUGGUUAAAGACUUGAUGCCUGACAUUGCCAUGGCAGCUGGGUCAAAGCAGAAUUUAAGUUCCAAGGACCCUGAGCUAUGUAAGCCCAUCACUGACUCUGUUCGCGAUUCUACAGAGCCCCCCACAGAAUCAUCUGAACUGCUCUGCGCGAACCGAGGUAUCAGUAAGUACAGCUUAAGGAAGAAGAAACACUCACGAGGCCAGAAACCUCGAAGACACGUAGACUUCUGGAACUACCCUGAUUUUUAUGAUUUUUCCCCUGAAGAUUCUUGCCAAACUUCUGUGUUGUCCCAAAAGUUGCCUUCCCCUUCUCCUUCCCCUUCAAAGGGCCUUGCUUUCUGUCAGGACCUGAAGAAUAAUUCUCGGUCCCCUGCUGGUUUGAAGCAAGGCCAGAUCACCCCCACAUCACCAUCCAAAAGGAAAGAGGCCUUGAGCAGUGAAUCCGUAGAUCCUCAGGAGAAGCCUGAACUUAAGAGGACUUUGGUAAAACUUGACCCAUCGUCUACAGUAGAGGUCCAUUGUAGUGCUAGCACAGAUUUGACCCAUGGUUUACCAGCCCAUGAGGAACGGCUGCUUGACACUCCUCAACAGCUUGGAAGAUCUGACCAGCAACUUCCAUUGGAUCCAGCUAGUUAUAAAGCCACCUCUGGUGGGACUUUAAUGGGGACAGAUUUGAUACAUGGUUUGCCAGCAGAAGAGCAGAAACCCAGACCUAGACUUGGGUCGCCAAUCAAGUGCUCAUUUCUAACUUGCGACCUACCGGCUUCACAGUCAAGACAACGGAACUCCCCCCAGACCACGGUAAAAUCGGACGUCCUUUCCUCCCCAGAGCCGAGCUGUUGUGAUUAUCUUUACCGGAGGGGUGGGAAUGGCGUGGCAAUGACGACAGAUUUGACUUGCAGUCUUCCUACCAGCCCUAGUGUUGGUGUGCCAUUAAUCUCAGUUUUUGAGAACUCCUCUGGAAGAAGACUAGCCGACACAAACCUCCUCUCACCAUCAAACUGUUGCAUCACCCAUAGCGUUAACUCCAAGAGACAGCCAAGUAAAUCUGAGACUAGAGACUUUCCUUACAAAAAAUCAGCUCUAUAAAUUUCGUAUUUGUAUUGCUAGUCUGUUGCAUUUUAUAUUUCUUUCUUUUAUUUCCCCUCCACCUUCUCCAAAGGGUGUCCAGUAAAUGGAAAUAAAAUGAUAUGGUGCGACCAGAGCUAUUGUAUGGCUUUGGUUCAUCUUUGACUGUAUUGCAAAGUAUCUGAUCCACUCAAAAGAACAUUACAAGACCCUGAGUGAUCUGGUGAAUCUUUUGUCAGGGGGACGGGUGGCAUGUCACAUUGAGGCUGGGGACCAUUGAUUUGUUUGUUUUCCAUUGUUUUUCUGUUUGUAAAGGCUGAGCAUUGAUUUCAGGUUGGUGAUGCCUCUGAAUAGCCCAUUCUCAACCUGUGCUACCCCUAAAGGACAGGCCACAUUAGGCAGGCAUGCCUAGCAAGGAGGCUAAUUCAGGAGGGGAGUCUGUUCAGCACGUCCCUGAACUGACAGCUGAGACAUUUUGACAAGUAACCAAGAUUUUUUUAAAAAAGUGGAAUGAGCUUUCUUUUUAAAUUCUUUUCAUUGGAGAAAGUGUUGCUGGCAGGCUUGUAUUCGUAACCCAUCUUAAUUGCCCUUGAACUGAGGGGUUUGCCUGGUCAUUUUGGAGGGCAGUUAAGAGUCAGCCAUACCUCUGACACAGGACGAGCAAUCCUGGGGCCCAGGUUAAUAUUCUGGCGAAAUGGGUUCAAAUCCCUUCACUUCAGCUGCUGGAAUUUAAAUUCCAAUUAAUGAAUUUGGAAGAUGAAGCUAAUCUGUGGUGGUGAUCAUGAAACUAUGGUAGAUUGUUGUAAAAACUCAUCUGAUUCUCUCAGCUCUCUUAGGGAAGGAAAUCUGCCAUCUUUGUCCUGUGACACCAGAUCCUCUGAAAUGGCUUUGGAACCCACUCCAUUCAAGGGGCAAUUAAGGAUGGGCAGCAAAUACUGGCCUUGCCUGUGGUGCCCGCAUCCGUGAAUAAAGAAGGUCUCUCCUCUUCUUGUAAUGCACACCUGAACAUUCUGUGUGUUACGCACAAAGAAAGAUGUCGUUUGUCUAUAAGAAUGAAGCCAAAUCCUAUUCUGAGCCUUCAGAUAAGGGGAGAGACUACUCACUCUCGGCUGAUCCUAUCUCUUGUCAAACCAUUUUACCAUGAAAACAAAACAAAAACUAGCUUGUACUCUGCACCUAAUCCAAACAGGUUUCUGAUGACUGUCUUCUGUUUGGGUGGUGUUAAAUUCAGAAAAACAAACCACGUGUUAGGGCACUGCUCUUGCCAUGUCAAGGAGAAGAGUCUUUCAGAGGAAGGAAUAAAAGUAAGUCUUUGAGUUGGUGGUCCUUUCAUUUCAACAACAGCAUUCUGUCACCAGAGGCAGGGAAAUGGGCUGAAAGAAAAUGCUUCUCUUGAAGUUAGCUAUGAAUUUCUUAAAUUUGAUUCAGCCCAACACUUUUGUUCACAAGAUGUUUGUUAAUUAUUGACGGGUGAGGGGUGGAAGAUCUACCUUCUCUAUUAUAUAAUGGUUUCCUAACUCGCUUAUCCCGUGAAAAUACAAAGGCAUCUCAACCUGUAACCAGCAGGGAAGGUCAACCAGAGGCAGAGAUCGCGCCAGGAAUGGGUGAGAUUUUCAUGUUGAGCCCACCCGUGUAGUUGCCGAUUCUGCCUUCUGUUUAGUACGAGUUUUUGGAUUAAUGGAACAUUAGAGAGUUGAGGCACCAGUGGGUACAGAUCUGUCACUGGUGGUGGGAGAAAUUUUGACAGGGUUGAGUUGAGAGCCCCGCACAAUGAAACGCCUCAAUUUGAUGGCAGUUAUUUUUCAGAGGAGUAUGGUACGACAACACUACACUACUGGGAAUUCUCUCCCAUCCUUUGUAUCUAGGUCUUGUAUUUCCAAGGUUACAAUAGCCCACUUAACCCAUCCCUCUAACUAUUUCUAAGUUGCUUCUAAACACUUACAAUGCUUUUGAGAGGGGGUGGUUUUUAUUUAGGUUCCUUGAAGUUAAAAUUAUGUUUUGAAUAUAUUUUUAUAUGAUAUAUCAACUUUAAAAACUCUGCAUCUACAAGUUGUAUUGUCUUUUUCUAAAACAUCCUGUUUGUCAAGUCUUUUGCUCUGUUUCCCCUGUGUAAGAAAAUGGUCUUUGAAAUGGUGUUUUGUUUUUGGUAUUUAAUAAAAAAACGAGGUUCACUUUGAAAACCCAAAAGAAAACCAGGGGUUUGUUCUAGGGCUAUUAAAUAGACAGGCUGUCCCAUUACCUGUAAACCCCAGCAUAUUAGUUAGCUGAUUAAUCUAUUACCCCAGAUAUCACUACAGAAAUCAAGGCACUUUUGAAUAUUUACUGGGUUUUUUCCCCCGCAUUGGCAUUACUAUUUAUUUAAACAACAGCCAGACCAGUAUUUACCAAGAAUGCAACCUCUAGUAUUUUUGAUGAAAUUACCAAGCCUGAGGCGAGAUUGAGGGGAUAGUGAUGCUUGUUAAAGCUCACAUGCAGGUGCAGCUAGCAAUUAGGAAGGCAAACAGUAUGUUGCCCUUCAUUUCGAGGGGAUUUCAAUACAAGAGUAAUUAUAUCUCUGCAGUUGCAUGGAACUUUGCUGAAUCCACACCUGGAGUAUUAUGUACACUUUCGGUCUCUUUACUUAGGGAAGAGUAUAUUUGCUAAAGGGAGUUCAUCGCUGGUUCAUCAGACUGAUCCAUGGGAUUGCAGGAUCGUCCUGUGAGGAGGAUUGAGGUAUGUGUUCCAUAGAACUUUGUAGAAUGAGAGGUGAUCUAAGUAAAACUUAUAAAAUUCUUAAGAGCUUAAUAGAUUGGAUGUUGGACGUUCCCCCUGGCUGGGGAAACUUAGGAUUUGGGGUAGCCAAUUGAAGGCAGAGAUGAGGAAUUUCUUCACUCUAAAUCUUUUGAAUUCUCUACUGAGAACUGUGGAGUUGAUAUCAUUGAACAGGCUCCAGACAGAAAUCCAUGCCUUUCUGGGGACGAAAGGCAUUAAGGAGGUGGUGCAGGUAAGUGGCAUUGAGAAUCAAAGAUCAGCUAUGAUCCGAUUGAAUAGCAUGACGGGCUUGGGCUGAACGGCCUUCACCUUUUCGUAUGAAGUGUUGGGUCUAGGUAAUGGUUUGAGCAAUGAGGUUCAUUUCCCUAAUUCAGCAAUUAUUUGAAGCAUGACAGGGAGGUAGAUAAAUAUUUAACAUCACAGAUUGGGAUUGAAAGGGGUGUAAUUUAACUAAACUGUCAGAUGUCUAUUGCUCACAAUCAAGAGAUCUACUAUUAAAAUCACAUGGAGCUAAAGUCAUCUGGUCCUGUCAGUUUCCACAAUGGGCACAGCAGUUAAAAUUGAUUUCUUUGUAUCUGGUGUACCUCCUGCAAGUUUCUGAAAUAUUUUUCAGAAGUCCGAUUGUUGUCUGACCAGUGAACUGUCAGCUUUAGAUGUUCAAGCUGCUUUAUGAUGUAUCAAGAAGAAAAUAUUUCAAGGCCCUCUCCCCCGCCCUCUCAUCCUCUCCCCCAUCUUUCCCUCUUGCCUCACCACCAUCACGCGGUUUCCUUCUCGUGAGUUAACCAGUUACAUUUUUAUGACAAUCGUUAGACUUUUAAUUCCAGGCUUUAAGAGAAACAUUGGAUUCAAAUUCCACCAUUUGCCAUGGUUAUAUUUGAACCCCUAACCCCAGAACAUUCCAUGGAUUACUAGUCCAGCAACAAUACCACUAGGCCAUCGCCUCCACUUUAUUCUGUACCUGUCAAGUGCACUGAGAUACAGGGUUGUUAGUUGUCACAAAACCCAUGGAAUAUUCCCAAGUGUCAAAAUCCAUGACUGGCCAAGUCAGAGGGAAAGAGAUGUCUCCCUUAUUUCCACCCCAAACCCAUUCUUGCAUUUGCCUAUAUGACUAUUGCUGCAUUUGGAGUGUACUACAUUGUAUAAUUACCACUUUUCCUCUCAAAUAUACCGUUGUCUAUCUGGUGCCCUGAUGGAAGUCUAAGAGUUAGGCAUCUGACUCUGAGGUUUGCCAGUGGAUUCAUCUGCAAGACAUUCAUGAGAAUGGAAUGUUGAUGGGUGACCUAUUACUUUUCUUGUCCCUCUCCUCAUUUCUCCUUCAUUUGGAGAAAUGGCUGACUUGUAAUUGGCUUAGCCUUGUGGCAAAAACAGCACUGAGAAUCUUGCCCACUGGGAGUCAUUGACAAGUGACUUCUCUUCAGCCAACAUUUGUGUUCCUUUUUCAAUCAAUUCCACCCAUGUAGAAAUCUGAUGGCCCAUCUUCAGAUGAUGCAAACAUGAGGGGGACAGUCAGCCUGUCUUAACUUAUUCAUCACUUCAGUUCAGGGAUUCCAACUGUCUUGCAAAUUUUCUUUAUCCUCUCCCUGAAGCUUAAUUCCAAAUGUUGGGAGUCCUGUGAGAGUAAGAUUUUCCUCCCAUCUGGCUCAAAGUUGCCUGUCACUAAAGUUAGCCCAAAUCUACUCUCCGAUUUCUCUUCCCUUUAAGUGGAUGAGCACAGUAGGGUUCUCCUAUUAAAGAAAAAGGUGGCCAUUACCUUAGCCUAGAGUCCUCUGUGAAAUGUUAUUGAAUGUUUCAAUGAUUUCAAGUAUUUUUGAGACUUGAGGCAAGGAACACGUAUGAGUAAAAGAAAUGAAAGAAUCUCGGGAGGUUUUGGGAAAGCUGGGCAUCUCUUGAAGAAUGGUACUGGAAAGGGUUUUUAGAGGAGAUAGCAGGGACCUCUGUCCAUACUUGCUCAUGAGAUUAAAAUGGGAGUUGUUGGCACUGCAGCAAUGCCUUGGGAAUGUCAGGUGAUCAGUAAUAGUCACAUGUUUGCUUUUCACAUCAGUAGGCGAUAUUGACCCACAUGUACCAUGGAAUGCUAUUUUUUUAAAAAAAAUGUCUAUUUUCCAUGUAUAGAAUCAUGAGAACAUGAACCAGAAACCCAAAAUAAACAUGUUGUGACUUUUUAAAUACCAGAGUGUUCAGUAAUCUCUCGAGUGAGGAACAUCAGUGGCAAUGUAGGAUCCCUCCGAGUUGCAAUUUAAGACCAUGCACAAAAGUGCUGCCCUUAAUUUUGACCCACAUGUCCAUUUAUUUAAUUUCAUGAUUUGAUUCACUUUCAAACCAAAAUUAAAUCCUUUUACUUUCUGACUAAGGGGAAAGCAGUCCCUGUUCUUCAAAUGUGUGGUAUCAGGUUUAACCUUUCCAGUUUUUUUUUCUCCUUUUGGAUGGGAGAUGCGAGUUUUGUUUGGAGUUUGGAAGCGUCCCUUUUAUUAAGGAAGCUAGAUUAUGCAAACAAACAAAUGUUAUGUUUUAGUGGUUUCAGAAGCUUGGUAGUUGUAUACAACCUCUGGUCUUUUUUCAUCACAUCCUCAACCAUCAACUUAUUCUGUUCAGUCCAGCCCUGAUGACUAGAAAAAGAGAAGUCUUGAUUGUCACAGGAUCAGGAUGGAGAUGGGGGUCAUUUGGUUCAAAGUGCAUUGGAACCCUGCAAAAUCUCCAGGAAAGUAGCAAUGUAAGAAAGUUUGUAACUGCCAGUUUAUUACCUCCUGAAUAUCCUGUAUCAAUUUAUUCUCUCUCAGCAGUUUAUCCUGUGUUGAUAACUGUGCACAAUGCAGUGUUAAGAGGGUUGAAGGAAGGAGUGGGGCAGGGGAUGGAAGUAGAGCAAUGCAGGGAUUUUAAAAUUAAAGGGUUCCUGAGAUCCAGAUGAUUAUUUGGAGUCAACUGGGAUUGGAGUUGCUGCGGUGGGGGCGGGGGGGAUAUUUGUUGAGGCAUCACUGGCUUAUUACCCAUCGCUAGCUACCUUGAAGUUAGUGGUGAGUUGCUGCCUUGAUUUGCUGCAGUCUGUGUGGUAUAGGUUGGUCUAUAUUGCUGUUAGGGAGGGAGCUCAAGGAUGUUGACCGAACGGCAGUAUACUUUCAAGUCAGGAUGGUGAGUGACUGAGAGGGUACUUUCAGGGGAUGGUGUUCCCGUGUAUCUGCUGCCCUUGUCCUUCUAGAUGGUUGUGGUUGUAGGUUUUGGAAGGUGCUGUUGUACGACCCUUGGUGAAUUUCUGCAGUGUAUCUUGUAGAUGGUCCACACUACUACUUCUGAGUACCGGUGAUGGAGAGAUAUGGUGGAUGUGGUAUCAGUCAGGCCAGCAGCUUUGUUCAGGAUCAAGCUUAUUGAGUGUUAUUAGGGCUGCAAUCAUCUAAGGGGGUUACUGCAGUGUACUCCUGACUGUCUUGUUGGUGGUGGGCAGGCAUUGGGGAGUCAGGAGGUGAGUUACUUGCUACAGGGUUCCUAGUCUCUGACCUGUGCUUGUAGCCACAGUAAUGAUCUGGCAAGUCCAGUCAGUUUCUGGUCAAUGGUAACUGCAUGCUACUUAAACCAUGAUGCAUGAUGUGAACAUAUGAACUAUUCACACCCUGAGAUGUGUUCUGCAAUUCAUGUAGGUAGUGGUUGAUCUAUAAUUGUUGAGAUGUUAUGCCAUUUUCACUAAUUUCUGUGAUAUUCCACCAUCCCCCUCCCCCCAAAAUCUCCAGUCUGUUGAACAGUUUACCUGUACUACCACCACCACUCUAUAUGAGCUUUAAUAGCCAAAUGACUAGCAAACUACUUGAGGAUAAGGCUCAUCAUCAGGGCAAUCCGAUACAGAAGUUCGAUCAGAAGUUUCUCCCAAUUUUUCCACCCCUUUUCGUGCUCCAAAAUCAGUGAUUUAGCGUGUGCUGGGGUCGAGUUAGGGGCCACUGUUCAGGCUUAUAGGGAUCCAUCCCAGGGAGGGGAAAUUUUAGUUGGCAGUUUUUGAAUGUGAUUUGCUGAUUAAAUUUUAAACAGAUCUACCUAGCCAAAAAUCAAGAAUAAAGAAACCACCUCUGAAUAAAAUUCCCGAGUCAUAAUCCCACCAUUUCUUGGGUAUUGCCACUACUUCAGUUGAGUUUGAAAACUACUCGUUUGUAAGUGUAGGACUUGCUCUUGUUAACUUGCUGCCCAGCAACUUGUAGUAUUAAGCACUUACCUGGUUUUAACAUUGGCCCUAUAAUGAGACUAUUUAAAAAUAUAUAAUUGCCCUAGGCUGCAUUAAUUGUACCACUCCACUACAAUCCAACUACUGUGGGUUAUGCCAAGAUGUUAAUUAGAGUAGAUUCAGCAAUAUGUUGGAUGCACCUUCUGCAACUGCUGUCCACUUUCCUUUUUAAGUUCAUCUUGUGUGACCUAUACGUUGAUGACUGAUUUCUGCCUGCAAAUGUAUACAUUAUAUAUAGUGAAAAUCUUAACCACCUCUGUAAAUUUGACUAUGUGAAUUAUGUGUUUCUUCUAAAUCUAUUUUUCUAUGACAGUGGAUAAUGUAAUUUAAAAAAAAAACCUCAGUAGAAACAUUGACGAUUGGGGAAAUGACUGAAGAAUUUGAUUCCAGGAUCCUUUUCCAUGCAAAUAGUAACUUAUUUAUGUACUAUAGUUGCUUGGAUCUUUCUAAUGUUACGAGGGUAAUAAAUGUACGAAGAG